AUGAUCAAACUGCCAGCUCUUUGGCGCAGUGGUCACGACACGAACUGGGACGGCAGCGGCGGCGGCGGCGGCACCACUCCCGGAUCCGCUUGGAGCGGUGCUGGAAUUGGAAUCACAAGAGUAGCAGGCAAUCUCUCACAGGCUUGCGAUCCUUCUUGUCGAGGCAGCAGUGUAGUUCAUCCCAGGCUCCUCCACAACAGUGUCCCCAGGCCAGAGAUCUUAGGAGGGAGUGGAUUCUUUCGAGCUAAGCUUUGUGAGCUUGACGAGAUAGAGGUUCUUCCUCCUCCACUACCACCACCACCAUUUUUCUUCCAUGGUAGCAGCACCAACUCUCUGGUGAGCUCCAGGAACUCUCACACUAGCAUGGGGAACAAGAGCUCGUCAACUAGAGUACCGGUGAUUAGCUAUAGAAGCAGUGGGAUCUCCGAGAAGCAGGAUGGUGCCAGCGUCCAGUCCAAGAAGCUCGAGCCUCUAAAGCUCCCGAUCACAACCAUGGCAGAGAAAUCGACACAAACUUUCAGCACCAAGAAUGUCGCGCUAGACACAUCCAGUUUGGUUUCCACGAACUUUGGAAAGCCGGCUACUUUGCGUGGAGGAUCGUCAUCGCCGGGACCGGGGCCGGGAUGGUACUCGCCGAAGUCCCAGCCAUCUUCGCCAGCUUUCUCGAUGGGAAGCCGGCUUGGCGAUGGCAAGAGGUCUCACAGUCCCGGACCAGGAGCACACUACGUAAAGAGGAGGCCGGACGGUCCAGGCUACACGAUGUCUCCUCGGUUUAGAGACGCUGCAAAGGACCGGAGUCCCGGGCCGGGGCAGCACAAUCUUCCAGGAACUUUUGGUGGUCCGGCUUACACCAUGGCGCCGCGGUUUAACUCGCCUCCCAGAGCUCACAGCCCGAAGCCAUUUGCUUCUUCGUUGUCCGUCCUAGGCAAAGGUGCCGGCCCGAUGCGAGAGACAAACACUAGCUGGACCAAGACAGCGGUUGAAGGUUCGUUGAAUGCUCAUGCAAACGUUCCUGGUCACGGGGUUUAUUCCAGCUACAGGCCCGAGCAUCUGCCGAAGAAGAAGAAGGAGAAGAAAAAGGAAGUUGGCUACUUCAUCGUCAAGGUGAAUCCGAAAGGACCGGCUUACAAGAUCACAAAGACGGGGACCUUCUUGAUGCCGGAACCGGAUGAUCCGGCUUUCAAUCCAGAGAGAGGGGAGUCAGGAAGAAGGGACUCUGGCAAUCUAGACAGGAGAGGUUCCCGCUCCAGGAGAAGAUCCAGUUUAUCUCCGAGGCGGCCGUCGGGUCCUCCACAACCAGAUCCAACUCCGGGACCGGGAGAACACCAGGACGCCGAGUUUCAAACAAACGGUCCCUGGAUAACUAUCAAGUCCAGGAUUCCAUUACGUCCAAAGGAGAACUUUCCAGGACCAGGAACUUACGACGUUGUGUCGAGGCCGAGCUCGCCAUCCUUCUCUCUCGGCACUCGCCGUUUUGUUCCGGAGGACAAAACAGAAAAUCCAGGGCCAGGAGCGUACAGGAUCAUAGGGAAGCCACACGGCCCGCAUUUUUCAAUCACUGGCAAGCCCCGAGACUCGUCACCCCGCUCGAGAAGUCCCGGUCCCGGAGCCUACAAGUACGAGAAUGGAACCAUCGGCUAUGGUCUACCAGCUUUCACCAUCACUGGCAAGGCGACGUCUCCACGAGAAAGCGAUGUUCCAGGCCCCGGUACUUACUCUGUGCGGCUUCCCAGAGGCCCGGCUUUCACCAUGCAGUCGAGACAAAGCUCACCAAGAACUCCAAACUUUCCCAGCCCGGGAUCAUACAGUCCGCAGCACAGGAUGCGAGAAGAGUUAUCAGACACCCCCGGCCCCGGCUCCUACACCUCGAGAUCUUCCAUGGACGGUCCUUCCUUCAGCAUGCACGGCCGACUUAGUAGCCCGGCUUCUUCCACUUCCAGGAGCAGCUCUCCGGGACCUGGAGCGUAUACGAUCUCUUCCAGGCCAACGAGUCCAUCAUUUACGAUGUAUGGCCCGGUGAAGAAGAGCAACGAAUGGAAUGAUUUUCCAGGGUCCGGAGCGUACUGCCCGAAACUAGGCCGGGUGAGUCCGGAGUUUAGCAUCCGGGGAAAGCUUCCAGUCCAGCAGAGAAGCCGAAGAAGCUCUUUCAGCAUCCGGGGGAAGAUUUCUCGUGAGGAGCGUCCUCGUUUUCCAGGACAGGGGGCUUACAACGUCAAGAGUGGAAGAAGCUCUCCAUCUUUCAGCAAUCCAGGGAAGAUUUAUUGUGAGGAGCGUCCUCGUUCUCCAAGAUUGCUAAGAAAAAUAUGAAAUGAGAAGUUAUAUUUGUGUCUGUU